UGAAUUUAUCCAUUCCAAUCCUCUCCAAAAUGGAAAGAUUAUAAAGGAGAAGUUUCUUCAUGUCUAAAUCCCUUCGAAAUGAAAAAUCAUUAUCCUCUUUCCUUCAAUAUACCUUGAACGUUCCAAUUCAAUCCAGACACCAAACAAGCCCUAAUUGCAAUGCCUGCCAGUGAAUAAUGUAGCCAGGAAACAUGAUGGGAAAACGCUAAAGAACAUUAUAAUUUCAUUUUCUUUCCAAAGGUUAAGCCACCAUGUACUAACAAAGCGGAAAGGUCAAGUUUCCACUGUGGUGGACACGCACCCCAAAAAGUUAUGAAUUUGGCAUGGCAUGGCAUACAUAAUUCACUGAAACGGACUAAUGGAGCAAAGGGACAAAGCUCAGUUGUGAACUCGGGUUUCAUGCAUGAGAAGUUAAACUCUGAGACUACAAGAGCAAGCUAGACCAGGAAGCUGAUUCGCUACUCAUCUUAAUCUACUUGCAGAUUUUCAACCGCACUGAGACACAACAAUGGGGGAUGGUUUCUGGACCUUAUUGAUCUGCAGUUCUGACUGUUCAACUGAAGUUGGAAAUGAAUGCAGCUCUGGCUUUGUAGACAAUCCGAAUCCAGAUUCAUGUAUCAACAAUAUUUUGGUCAUUGCAGCUGAUAUUUUGCUUCUAUUCAUCUUGUUAUGCAUAUUCGUAUGCAAAAUAUCAUCAAAGAAGGUUAUACCACCAUCUGAGUCUCAAACCUUCUCUCCAGUGUCAAUAAUCCCAGCGACCUUUAAUGCUGGUUUGGCUUUGGCCUACUUGGGUUUUGGGAUAUGGACAAUCUUCGAGAAAGUAAAUGCAGGCCAGACUGUUUUACCUCUGCAUGGAUGGCUGGUAUUAUUUUUUCAAGGGUUCACAUGGUUGCUUCUGGCUUUCACCAUAAGCAUUAACAAGCCACAACCGCAACAUGUUGUGAUAACGAAAUCUUGUUUAAUACUUUCCUUCUUUGUUGCCAUUUUUCUUUCCGGUUCAUCAAUUUGGGAAGCUAUUGUUGAUGAGGAAGUGUCCGUUAAGAUUGUUUUAAACAUUUUUUGUUUUCCUGGAUCAAUUCUUUUACUAUUUAGUGCAUUUCAGGGAAACAAUUUUUCCGAAGGUGGGUCAGAAACCCACAAUGACGUCUUUUACAUGCCUCUGCAAGGUGCAGAUAUAAGAGGUGAAAUCAGUUCAGAUGACAAUGUAACACCUUUCGCAAAAGCAGGGUUAUGGAGCUCAAUAUCAUUUUGGUGGUUGAAUACUUUAAUGACGAAAGGUAAGCAAAAAAUUCUCGAGUAUGAUGAUAUUCCGCAGCUGCAUCAAGAUGAUCAAGCAAGAACGUGGUACUACAUAUUUAUGGAGCAACUGAACAAACAGAAGGAAAGAGACUCAUAUGUUAAACCUUCUAUCUUGUCCAUAAUUUUUCAUUGCCAGAGGAAAGCUAUUCUGACUUCGGGAUUAUUUGCACUGAUCAAGACUCUCACCACAUCAAGCAGUCCACUCUUUCUCAUGGCGUUCAUUAAGAUUAUUGAAGGCAAUGCAGCUUUUAAAUAUGAAGGUUAUGCCCUGACUUUUGGCCUCUUUGUUGUGAAAAUCUUGGAGUCACUGUCGGAGAGGCAAUGGUAUUUUAAAACUAGACUGAUCGGGCUUCAAGUGAGAUCGUUGGUGUCAGCAGCAAUAUAUCACAAGCAACUUCGACUCUCGAAUUCUGCCAAGAUGACUCAUUCUCCUGGUGAGAUAGUGAGUUAUGUAACGGUGGAUGCUUACAGAAUCGGUGAGUUUCCAUACUGGUUUCAUCAGAUAUGGACCACAAGCCUUCAGCUGUGCCUUUCAUUACUUAUCGUUUACUUCUCUGUGGGGCUGGCAAUUGCUGCAGCUCUAGUUGUACUCAUAUUGAGUACACUGGCAAGCUCGCCAUUGGUGAAGUUGCAGCACGAGUAUCAAACGAAGCUCAUGGUAGCACAAAACAGGAGGUUGAAGGCCAUAACAGAAGCACUUUCAAAUAUGAAAGUAUUGAAAUUGUAUUCCUGGGAGACAAAUUUUAAGACUCUGAUAGAAGGUUUACGAACCGAAGAGUUAAAAUUGGUAUAUCAAGUGUUGUCACAGAAGGGAUAUAAUAUGGCUCUAUUCUGGGCAUCUCCUCUUUUCGUAUCGGCAGUUACUUUUUGGACAUGCUACUUCCUUGGAUUUACACUCUCUCCUAGUAAUGUUUUCACGUUUUUAGCAACUUUACGCCUUGUUCAGGAGCCCAUUAGGUUGACUGCGGAUGUUUUUGGAGCAUUUAUUGAAGCAAAGGUUUCAUUUUAUCGGAUUGAGAAGUUUCUCGAUGCACAAGAGUUGGAGAAUAGGCAUACAAGGAAAGAGAGCUGUGCCACAGAUGUUGAGCAGUCCAUUUUAUGUAUAAGUUCUGAAAUUUCAUGGGACACUAAUCCUUCAAAGGCUACAUUAAGGAACAUAAAUUUGGUGGUGAAGCCAGGAGAGAAGGUAGCAAUUUGUGGAGAGGUUGCCUCCGGUAAAUCCACCCUUUUAGCUGCGAUUCUCGGAGAAGUUCCAUGCAUAAAUGGCAUUGUUCAAGUAUAUGGGAAGAUAGCGUACGCUGCUCAGUCUGCGUGGAUCCAAACUGGAACUAUACAAGAAAAUAUUUUGUUUGGUUCUGCCAUGGAUAAUGUUAGAUACCAAGAAACACUUAGCAAGUGUUCUUUAGUGAAGGACCUUGAGAUGCUUCCAUUCCGCGAUCUCACUCAGAUUGGAGAAAGAGGUGUCAAUCUGAGUGGUGGGCAGAAGCAGCGCAUUCAACUUGCGCGUGCACUGUAUCAAAAUGCUGAUGUCUAUCUCUUGGAUGACCCUUUCAGCGCGGUUGAUGCCCAUAUGGCAACAAACCUAUUCAAUGAAUAUGUCAUGGGAGCUCUGUCAGGGAAGACGGUUUUACUUGUGACACAUCAAGUAGACUUACUUCCAGCUUUUAAUUCUAUUUUGUUGAUGUCUUCGGGGAAAAUCUUGAGAGCAGCACCAUACAAAGAGUUGCUGUCUUCUUGUGAAGAGUUCCAAGAUCUUGUCCGUGCACACCAUGACACUGCCGGUUGCGAGAGGCAAGUGGAGAAUGCUUCUAAUAGACAAUAUAAAUCGUCAACGGUGGAGAUUGAGGAGGUUAAAACUGAAGUACAGCAAAAGGAAUCUUUAGGAGAUCAAUUAAUUAAGAAAGAAGAGAUAGAGACCGGGGACACUGGUUUCAAGCCAUACAUUCAGUACUUGAAACAGCGCAAGGGAUUUUUGUAUUUCUCCUCAUCAAUCUUUUUUCAUUUGAUAUUCAUAGUUGGGCAAUUAAUUCAAUCCUAUUGGUUGGCUUCCAAGCUACAGGAUUAUAGCGUAUCAAGGGUCAAACUGUUCGUUGUGUAUACAAUGAUCAUGUUCAUCAUGUCAUUCGGUGUGCUUCUUCGAUUCUUCUGUUUAGUUGAAUGGAUGUGGAGCAUCACAUCCAUUUUCGACACACUACUCAACUCUCUUUUCCGAGCACCAAUGCUGUUCUAUGACUCAACACCAGUGGGAAGGAUACUUAGUCGGGUCUCUAAUGAUAUGAACAUCGUCGACCUUGAAGUAGCUUUCAAGUUGGGAAUUUCUGUUGGUUCAACUUUGAUGACAUACAGCAUAUAUACAGUUUUGGUUUUGAUUACUUGGCCAAUCGUGUUUCUGAUAAUACCGACGAUUUAUGUCACUCUACUACUUCAGAAAUACCACUUUGCUUCUGCAAAAGAAUUAAUGCGAAUGAAUGGCACGACUAAGUCUGCGCUUGCAAGCCACCUUGCCGAAUCUAUUGCUGGAUCCUUGACAAUCAGAGCUUUUGGAGAGGAGGAUCGGUUCUUCUCGAAAAACUUGGAAUUUAUUGAUGCAAACGCAAGCGCUGACUUCAAUAGGUUUUCAGCGAAUGAGUGGUUGAUUGAACGUCUUGAAUUGCUGUGUGUAAUUAUUCUUUCAGCCUCAGCACUUGCAAUCACUUUGAUCCAAUUUGACGCAUCUUCCUCUGGUUUUAUUGGGAUGGCACUCUCGUUUGGUCUGUCCUUAAAUGUAUACGUUGUAGUUUCGGUUCAAUUCCAAUGCAUGCUAGAGAAUUCAAUGAUAUCUGUAGAAAGGGUAGAGCAAUACAUGCAUAUUCCCAGUGAAGCUCCAGAAGUAAUCGAAGAAAACCGACCUGUGCACAGUUGGCCAACUGUUGGUAAAGUGGAAAUACAUGAUUUAAAGGUAAGAUAUAGGCCAAAUGCUCCGCUAGUUCUUCGUGGGAUAAACUGUAUAAUUGAAGGAGGAUACAAAAUUGGGAUCGUUGGCCGGACUGGAAGUGGGAAGACUACUCUUAUCAGCGUUCUGUUUCGUCUGGUAGAGCCUACAGAGGGAAGGGUCAUUGUCGAUGACUAUGACAUUUGCAAAGUCGGGCUUCAUGAUUUAAGAUCGCGUUUUGGGAUCAUACCAGAUCCAACACUGUUCAGUGGAUCUGUGAGAUACAAUCUUGACCCCUUAUCAAAACAUACGGAUCAUGAAAUAUGGGAGGUUUUGGAGAAAUGUCAGUUACGAGAGGCCAUCCAAGAAAAAGAGGAGGGCCUGGAUUCAUUAGUUGUACAAGAUGGAACAAACUGGAGCAUGGGACAGCGUCAGCUAUUCUGUUUGGGACGCGCUUUGUUGAAGAGGAGCCGAAUACUAGUCCUCGAUGAAGCCACUGCAUCAAUGGACAAUGCAACAGACUCUAUCUUACAGAAAACUAUAAGAACAGGAUUUGCGGAUUGCACUGUAAUAACAGUGGCUCAUAGGAUACCGACUGUGAUGGACUGCACUAAAGUGCUUGCUAUUAGUGAUGGGAGAUUAGUAGAGUAUGAUGAGCCAAUGAAGCUGAUGAAGAAUGAGGGCUCAUUAUUUGGGCAGCUAGUCAAGGAAUAUUGGUCUCGCGUUGCCAAUGCUGCCAUACACUCAGACGACUGAUAAGGAUAGGCAUUCUUUGCGUAAAAGGUUCCGGAGAAAGUAUUGCCUGGUUGCACCAUUGGAAUUCGACUUUAAAUUCUUAAUAUUUCAUUGAGCUAUAAUUUUGUAACACAUCAUAGCGUUUAAAAUAAAAUAAAAAUAAAAACAUUCCGAUUUAUGUAUUUUUGUAUGAUCAAGGAGCUGAGAUUGCAGAAGUAUCUGCUUGCAGCGUUUAAAGAAAAUGUCCAAGAGCCAUUCUUUUA